AUGAUUUGGCUUCUGUUGGCAUUAACGGUCUCUGCCGAGACCAACGAUCUCAAGCCAUGCUGGUCAUCCAACAACAGAAGCCCGGCUCAGUUCUGGCCACAUGGCGAAGUUGUCGUUAGAGGUAAAACUUAAUAAAUAUUGUUUUUGUACGAUUUUAUGGAGAUUUACUCUAAAACAUGGUAAAGUAUGGAAUUUUAAACCUUGUAAAAUAAAUUUUGCCGAUUAAUUUCGACUAUGGAUUUAUAUGUUUACUGUUACCGUAUUUAGAUGACUUUGUAUACGACUGUAAAGACGGAGAGCUGGUGCCGAAGGGUUGUAAAGCCUUUGAUGGAGCUACUGUCGAAUUGGAUGAGCUACUUAUUGUGGACGGAAGAGUGUAUAAGUGCAUGAGGAUUGAGUCAGAUCCUGGAGUGGACCUUAUUGAAGUAGGGUGCACUACAGAUGGUAUCACUAUUUACAAUGAAGGUGACACAUGGCUCAGCAAAAACGUAUGUUUAAUACGCGCUGUUUUAGUUGAAAAUAUACUGUUUUCUACUCGCGGCUGUUACCAUAGCUUUAACGAAUAAUGGCUUCUGUUUGUAGGGAGAGUUCUUCUACACUUGUGAACGUCGUGGCAGCCGGAUGUACACUGCCUUGGCUGGAUGUAUGGUUAAAGAAACAUCCAAAGAGCUGAAGAUUGGAGAGCGGAUCGACUUGAAGAAUUACACGUAAGUACUCUAAUGAUUUUAUACUUCUUUUAAUGACCGUCUUUAAGUUUAAAAUGUAACAAAAUAUAACAUUUCAGGCUGGAAUGCAAAGAGCUGUCUACUGGAGGACUGAAGCUACUUGGCGUGGGAUGUGUACAUGAUGGACAAAAGUACUUUGUGGGAGAACAAUGGAUGGUAUGUUUGGCACUCCCUUACCUAACUUAUUGUUGUAUAAAACUGUGGUAUUUCAAUUUAUAAUUGUCCCUAAUUCAUAAGUUGUCAGCCCAAUUCAAAAUUCUACUGCUUAUUUUAAUACCAAUCACUACAGGACAACGACUUCGUGUUUUACUGUAAGAGGAAGGAAAGUAAAUGUGAGCAGAGUUGUAUCGGAUGUGCGUGGAGAAACAGAAAGUUGUACGAUGGCGACAGAUUCAGGAAGGACCACUGCGUGUAUGAAUGUAUCAUCCGACCAGAACGACAUGUUCGAGAACCUGUAGCGUGUGUAGUUGAUGGCAUCGAAAGAGUUAUUGGGUGUACAUGGUACGUUGAUAUAUGUUUGUUAACUUAAUGUACGUUUUUUAAGAUCUUUCAAUGUAAUAUUGUAUGAGCAUUUAUUUACAGGAAGGAAGACAUGGGUGCAUUCAGACUGGAAGAGACUUGUGAAGUGGACGGUGACAAGACCAAGGUUACCGUAAAGGGCUGCUUCUACCCUCAAGAUAACUUCGACCUCUUCUUCAUCCCUGCCAACUCUUACGCUGUCUUUACCGGCGACAAACUCAAGAAGAUGGCAGCAUCCUGUCGAGGAGAUCCAGAAGAACCAUCGACUUUCGAACUGGAGACCUUCUCCGUCGACGAAGUGCCAUUCAAGACAAAAGGCCUGUCUGAAGUCGAACCUCAAGGAUAA